UGGGGCAGCAAAUGGACAGAGUGGGUGGUGGGAAAGGGCCCGGGGGAAGUUAUUACAGGGAGUCCUCUUCCGGCGCCAGAGGCCGGAAGUUGUGUCCCGGACGAGUCAACUGGGGUCUGAGAGCUCAGAAUACAGGUGCAACCGCGACCAUGGGCGGGAAGAACAAGCAGCGAACUAAAGGGAACCUGAGGCCAUCAAACAGUGGCCGAGCUGCAGAACUCCUUGCCAAAGAACAGGGAACAGUGCCUGGAUUUAUUGGUUUUGGAACAUCUCAGAGUGACCUAGGCUAUGUUCCUGCUAUUCAAGGAGCUGAAGAAAUUGACAGUCUUGUAGAUUCUGAUUUCCGAAUGGUGCUGCGGAAGCUUUCAAAGAAAGAUGUCACCACAAAAUUAAAAGCUAUGCAGGAAUUUGGAACCAUGUGUACAGAGAGAGACACAGAAACUGUGAAAGGAGUUCUUCCAUAUUGGCCAAGAAUUUUUUGCAAAAUUUCACUUGAUCAUGACCGUCGGGUCCGAGAAGCCACACAACAAGCUUUUGAAAAACUUAUCCUUAAAGUAAAGAAACAGUUGGCUCCCUACUUAAAAAGUUUAAUGGGAUAUUGGCUAAUGGCUCAAUGUGAUACUUAUACACCGGCUGCGUUUGCAGCAAAAGAUGCAUUUGAAGCGGCUUUUCCUCCAAGCAAGCAACCUGAAGCCAUAGCAUUUUGUAAGGAUGAAAUUACAAGUGUGCUGCAGGAUCAUCUUAUAAAAGAAACACCUGAUACACUCAGUGACCCGCAAACUGUUCCAGAGGAAGAAAGAGAAGCUAAAUUCUACCGGGUUGUAACUUGUUCCUUAUUGGCAUUAAAGAAACUGCUUUGCCUUUUACCUGAUAAUGAACUUGAUUCUCUGGAGGAGAAAUUUAAGUCUCUUUUAUCACAGAAUAAGUUUUGGAAGUAUGGAAAGCACAGCGUACCUCAGAUUCGCUCAGCUUAUUUUGAGUUAGUUUCUGCGUUGUGCCAGCGCAUUCCACAGCUGAUGAAAGAGGAAGCAUCCAAAGUGAGCCCAUCGGUUCUACUUAGCAUUGAUGACAGUGACCCAAUUGUCUGCCCAGCUCUCUGGGAGGCUGUACUCUAUACACUUACAACUAUUGAGGACUGUUGGCUUCAUGUAAACGCAAAAAAGAGUGUGUUUCCCAAGCUAUCAACUGUGAUUCGUGAAGGUGGUCGGGGUCUAGCUACUGUCAUAUAUCCUUACCUUCUGCCAUUCAUCAGCAAGCUCCCACAGUCCAUCACAAAUCCAAAGUUGGAUUUUUUCAGAAAUUUCCUCACGUCUCUAGUUGCUGGGCUGUCAACAGAGAGAACUAAAACCAGCUCUUCAGAGUCCUUGGCAGUAAUAUCUGCUUUUUUUGAAUGCUUACGUUUUAUAAUGCAGCAAAACUUAGGUGAGGAAGAAAUUGAACAGAUGCUCAUCAAUGAUCAGUUGAUCCCUUUUAUUGAUGCAGUUCUCAAAGACCCAGGGUUGCAACAUGGGCAGCUAUUUAACCAUUUAGCAGAAACUCUAAGUUCCUGGGAAGCCAAAGCAGACACGGAAGAAGAUGAAAAAGCAGCUCACAACUUGGAGAACGUACUGAUACAUUUCUGGGAAAGACUGUUGGAGAUCUGUGUGGCAAAAAUCAAUGAGCCAGAAGCUGAUGUUGAGUCCAUUUUGGGUGUAUCUAACCUAUUACAGGUGCUUCAGAAGCCGAAUAGCUCAUUGAAGUCAAAUAAAAAAAAAAUUGGUAAGGUUAGAUUUGCUGAUGAGAUACCUGAAAGCAAUAAGGAGAAUGAAAAAUGUGUAUCUUCAGAAGGAGAGAACAUUGAAGGCUGGGAAUUAACAACUGAACCUUCUCUCACUCAUAAUUCUUCAGGCCUUUUGUCUCCGCUAAGGAAAAAACCUUUGGAAGACUUAGUCUGUAAACUCGCAGAUAUAAGUAUUAAUUAUGUCAAUGAACAAAAGUCAGAGCAACAUCUAAGGUUUCUUUCUACUCUGCUUGACUCCUUUUCUUCAAGCCGAGUAUUUAAAAUGCUACUUGGUGAUGAAAAACAGAGUAUUGUCCAAGCCAAACCUCUUGAAAUAGCCAAGCUUGCACAAAAAAAUCCUGCGGUGCAGUUUUUAUACCAGAAACUGAUAGGCUGGCUAAAUGAAGAUCAAAGGAAGGAUUUUGGUUUCCUGGUGGACAUUUUGUACAGUGCUCUCCGGUGCUGUGACAAUGAUAUGGAAAGAAAAAAAGUCUUGGAUGAUCUAACCAAGGUGGACCUGAAAUGGAAUUCUCUUCUUAAGAUUAUUGAAAAGGCAUGUUCUAGUUCAGAUAAACAUGCUUUAGUAACUCCUUGGCUAAAAGGCAAUAUCCUUGGUGAGAAAUUGGUCAACUUGGCAGACUGUCUUUGUAAUGAGGACUUGGAAUCCAGGGUAUCUUCAGAACCUUACUUCUCAGAAAGAUGGACUCUUCUAAGCUUGGUAUUAUCCCAACAUGUUAAAAAUGAUUACUUGAUUGGAGAUGUAUACGUUGAAAGAAUUAUUGUUAAACUUCAUGAAACUUUAUUCAAAACAAAGGAAUCAUCAGAAGCUGAAAAUAGUGACUCAUCAGUGUCUUUUAUCUGUGAUGUGGCCUAUAACUAUUUCAGCUCAGCGAAAGGAUGCUUGCUAAUGCCAUCAUCUGAAGAUUUAUUAUUAACUCUCUUUCAGUUAUGUGCUCAGAGCAAAGAAAAAACACAUUUGCCAGAUUUUCUUAUCUGUAAACUGAAAAAUACUUGGCUGUCCGGUAUAAAUUUAUUGGUUCAUCAAACUGACAGUUCACAUAAAGAGAGUACCUUCCUCCAUUUGUCUGCUGUGUGGCUGAAGAACCAAGUUCAGGCUUCAUCUUUGGAUAUCAACAGUCUCCAAGUCCUCUUGUCUGCUGUUGAUGAUUUACUAAAUACACUUCUAGAGAGUGAAGAUUCUUAUCUUAUGGGAGCUUAUAUUGGAAGUGUAAUGCCGAAUGACAGUGAAUGGGAAAAGAUGAGGCAGUCUCUUCCUAUGCAGUGGUUACAUAGACCUCUUUUAGAGGGAAGAUUGAGUUUGAAUUAUGAAUGUUUCAAAACAGAUUUUAAGGAACAGGACAUAAAGACACUUCCCAGCCAUUUGUGUACUUCAGCAUUAUUGAGCAAAAUGGUCUUAAUUGCACUGAGAAAGGAAAUAGUCUUAGAAAAUAAUGAGCUUGAGAAAAUAAUUGCGGAACUGCUUUAUUCGCUGCAGUGGUGUGAAGAAUUAGAUAACCCACCUAUUUUUCUAACUGGAUUUUGUGAAAUGCUUCAAAAAAUGAAUAUUACGUAUGAUCACUUACGAGUACUUGGUAAUACUUCUGGCCUUUUGCAGCAGUUAUUUAAUAGAUCCAGAGAACAUGGCACACUGUGGUCUCUUAUUAUUGCUAAGUUGAUCUUUUCCCGAAGCAUUUCAUCUGAUGAAGUAAAACCACAUUAUAAGAGAAAAGAAAGUUUUUUCCCACUAACUGAAGGCAAUUUGCAUACCAUUCAAAGUCUAUGUCCAUUUUUGUCAAAAGAAGAAAAGAAAGAAUUUAGUGCUCAAUGUAUACCUGCUCUUUUGGGCUGGACUAAGAAAGAUCUUUGGAGUACUAAUGGAGGUUUUGGACAUCUUGCCAUUUUCAAUUCUUGUUUGCAAACCAAAAGUAUAGAUGAUGGAGAGCUAUUACAUGGAAUAUUGAAAAUCAUAAUAUCCUGGAAGAAAGAGCAUGAAGAUAUUUUUCUUUUCAGUUGUAAUCUAUCAGAAGCAAGUCCAGAGGUACUGGGUGUAAAUAUAGAAAUAAUCCGGUUUCUUUCCCUAUUUCUGAAAUAUUGCUCAUCCCCUUUGGCAGAGAGUGAGUGGGACUUCAUCAUGUGCUCCAUGUUGGCUUGGUUGGAGACAACAAGUGAGAAUCAGGCAUUGUAUUCUAUUCCACUUGUGCAACUGUUUGCCUGCGUCAGCUGUGAUUUAGCCUGUGACCUCAGUGCUUUCUUUGAUUCCACAACUCUGGAUACCGUUGGCAAUCUUCCUGUAAAUCUAAUCAGUGAAUGGAAAGAAUUUUUUUCCCAAGGCAUCCACAGUUUGCUUUUACCUAUUUUGGUGACUGUUACAGGAGAAAACAAAGAUGUGUCUGAAACAUCCUUUCAGAAUGCAAUGCUGAAACCCAUGUGUGAAACAUUAACAUAUAUCUCAAAGGAACAGCUAUUGAGUCACAAACUUCCUGCAAGAUUAGUUGCUGACCAAAAAACAAACUUACCAGAAUAUCUCCAGACUUUGUUAAAUACAUUGGCCCCAUUACUUCUCUUCAGAGCUAGGCCUGUGCAAAUUGCUGUUUAUCAUAUGCUAUACAAAUUGAUGCCUGAAUUACCGCAAUAUGAUCAGGAUAAUCUAAAGUCAUAUGGAGAUGAAGAAGAAGAGCCAGCCCUGUCACCACCAGCCGCACUGAUGUCUCUUCUUAGCACUCAAGAGGACUUACUAGAAAAUGUUUUGGGGUGUGUUCCUGUUGGACAGAUAGUUACUAUUAAACCACUGAGUGAAGACUUCUGUUAUGUUCUGGGAUACCUUCUCACUUGGAAAUUAAUACUCACUUUCUUCAAAGCUGCAUCAUCACAGCUUCGGGCUCUGUAUUCAAUGUAUCUUCGGAAAACAAAGAGUUUGAAUAAAUUGCUCUAUCACCUGUUCAGGCUUAUGCCAGAAAAUCCAACCUAUGCAGAGACCGCAAUUGAGGUCCCAAAUAAGGACCCUAAAACAUUCUUUACUGAGGAGCUCCAGCUGAGUAUUCGAGAAACAGCAACUCUUCCAUACCACAUUCCACACUUGGCUUGCUCAGUCUAUCAUAUGACAUUAAAAGACUUGCCUGCCAUGGUUAGGUUGUGGUGGAAUAGCAGUGAGAAGCGUGUUUUCAAUAUUGUAGAUAGAUUUACAAGCAAGUAUGUCAGCAGUGUUCUUUCUUUUCAAGAAAUAUCUUCUGUACAAACAAGUACACAACUAUUUAAUGGCAUGACGGUUAAAGCUCGAGCUACUACUCGAGAGGUAAUGGCUACUUAUACUAUUGAGGACAUAGUUAUUGAACUUAUAAUACAGCUGCCUUCAAAUUAUCCACUGGGUUCAAUAACAGUAGAAAGUGGCAAAAGAGUAGGAGUGGCUGUUCAGCAGUGGCGGAACUGGAUGCUGCAGUUAAGCACUUACCUCACCCAUCAGAAUGGAAGUAUUAUGGAAGGCUUAGCUUUAUGGAAAAAUAAUGUAGACAAACGUUUUGAGGGUGUUGAAGAUUGCAUGAUCUGUUUCUCAGUCAUUCAUGGUUUCAACUAUUCCCUUCCCAAAAAAGCCUGUAGAACAUGCAAGAAAAAAUUUCAUUCAGCUUGCUUGUACAAAUGGUUUACAUCUAGCAACAAAUCCACUUGUCCACUGUGUCGUGAGACGUUUUUCUGAGGUUUUCUUCACUGGAAGGGAUCCCUGAAGUACAUCAAGCAAAGGCAUUGGAUUUGGAUGCAUCUUAAAAUGUGGAUGUGGGGAAGCCAGUGAGCAUUACUUUUAAAUAGGACCUUCUCUGGAAAAUUAUUUUGGUUAAUGUAAUAAUCCUAAAAUCAGGUUUACUUAACUUUAGAUUGCUUUGUAAAUGUUUGGAAACUUCCUUUUACAAAAGAAUAUUACAUAUUUGAGAGAAAAUAUUUCUAUUAAUGGUUUAAUCUCUUUGUAUAUUUAAAAAUAAAUAUGAAAAACCCUAAAUUACAGAAUUGGAAUUUGUGAAAAGAUUGUACAACUAUAUUAUUGAUAAACCCGUUCCAUUUGUCGAUCUGUAUUUUAGAAUAGUCCAAGUGAAGCAAAAUGAACGGAGAGAGCUGAUUUACAUCUAUAAAUAUUUUAAGUCUUAUUUAUUAGUCAUGACAAUAAAUUAGUAGUAUUCUGGUAUUUGUAGAUUAUUUUAAUGAUAAAAAUGACACUAAGCUAUUAAUAUGGCUUGUCUUAAGAUAUUUGGAAGCAUGCUCUGAAAUCCUAUAUAAAAGAGUUUCAACUGAACUUCAAGGUGCCUCCAUUUAUCAAGGGUUAUGAAACUCAGAAAAUUAAAUUCUUGAUGCUGACCUUUUUGCUUGUGGAAGAAUUAUUUCUACAUAUUAGUGAAAUUUGAAUUGUAAACAUGUCAGUGAAUUUAUUACUCCGUUUGAGCGAGUAUCUAGAGGGUGAGAAUUUGAAAUAGUAAUUUGAUUAUUUCAUUCAUGAAGCAGAGUGGUAGUUAUCUUUCUGUUGAGAGGGAAGAAAUAAAUGAGUAUUACUGAAACUUAAAGAUCAGUGGAGAAAGAAACAUUUAAAAAUGUUGUAGGAGACUUUCAAUUUUGGAAGCAAACUUAGCUAUUCUUACCAGCCAAAGUUAUACUAAAUAAGAGACUUGGGGGAGCAAAUGUUUUUCAGCCUUCAGAAAUGGAAAGUUAAGGAUUUUAGCACUGAGUAAAAUUCCGUAUAAUAGGCUGAAGUGGAGUAAGUGAAAACCUGCCUUUUGCCACUCUUAAAAAUUGUGCUCACAAUAUAAAAGUAUGGAAGUUUAGAACUUGGAACAAUUUUAUUGCAGUCUUCCAUUACGUGGAAAUAGCAUAUCUAAUAUCUAGGUUACUUGAGAGACCAGCUGAUCAUCUCUGUUGCACAUGUUAAUUGGCAAAAAGCAAUCCAUGAUAAAUAAAAUUACUGCUUUCCAUCUACUGGGUAAAAUGACUAUUGAAAUAGUAUGAAUGUGGUCAGAGGAUUAUAGUUGAGAGUGAAGUACUACGUGUGGAUUAUAGAUCUCUCAAAUUAUAUUUAUAGAUGCAGUGUCCUGCCCAGUUUUGUUUGCUUCCUACAUUUUUCUGUAAAAUAUUUAUUGUUUUCUAGCCUUGAGACUCUGAGGGUCAGUAAGUGAAGUAUAGAUAGCAAAAUUUUACUACCUCGUUAACCCUUUUCUUAAAAUAUUCUCUAUCUUUCUAUGUCUCUCUGACAUAGUAAUCCCAAAGGAUUGUGUUACUCCGCUGUGAAAGUUACUACUUUUCCUUUAAAAAUGGUUUUGUAAUAAGACUGUUUAAAACCUUUCCAGUAUUGGUACAUCUUGGCUUCUGGCCCAAACCCAAGCAGAAAAGAAAAUGGAAUAAUGGAGCAUUGUUUUUCCACGUUAGUAUUAGGGCAUCAGAUUCUUGGUAAAACACUAUAAUUAAGUAGUUAUAAUUAAAUAACUGUUCUUCAUACUUAGGACUCGUAAUACGUUUCUUUAAGACUUGUAAGUAUAAUUGUAAAGCUUGUUAACUGUUUAUAUAUUAAAGAAGAAGCUUUACAAAAUAAGACUGAAAUUCAGGAUACCACAUUAAAGUUUUAUCUGUACAGCGUUGACAACUCUAACAAAAAGGAUAGCAGCCCUUAAAAUUUUAGCUUAAGGACAUUUUAAAAUUGCAUGAGAUUAGCAAAAUUAUUAAUUUAAAACCUCAAAGUAAAUUGCAAAUUUUAAAAUUUAUUUUUGACUCUUUUAUCACAUGCUCUAAUGUAUGUACAUAAGUUUCUGUGGCUAAAAUAAUAUGUUGUUAUUUGAUACAUUUUUCUGGUGCAAGUAAUUAAUGUUAUUAUUUGAUUGUUAUACCAUAUGUGCCCAUUAAAAUUCUUUUUAAUUACAACUAUUUCAAAUAUACAGAAAAAUAAUAAUAUAAAUGCCCUUGUACCCUUCACAUACUAUUUUGCCAUAUUUGCUUCUGAUUUUUAAAUAAAUAAAAUGUUACUCUUUUGUACUUCUCCCUGGCGCCAUUCUCCUCCUUCUCUCCCUAGAGCUAACCUACUAUUCUGAAGUUGGUGUGACUCCUUCCUAUUUAAGAUUUUAUACUUUACCAUGUGUUUUUAUCCAAAAACAAUAUAUAAUAGUUAA